CACACCCACCAAUGGUACAAGCAAAGGGUUUUUGACUUUCGUUCAUCCCUCAAAAAUUGUUAAUUUCAUGAAAAGAAAUUAAUACGAAAUAAGUACAAAUAUUCCAUCCACUCUGUUGUUGCUCAAAUCGAUAAAUAAACAAAAUGUAAUUUGACAGUAAAUAGUUAUUUUUUAGGUUAUGUUUACGUCACAAGUGUCACCUGUCAUUUUUUCGGAUGAGAGUGAGAAUUUUGUACAAAACUAUCUUAAAACUUCAUUGUGGUCUGCCACAAGAAUUAAAAAUACUAGGAACAAAUUACGUCAGAGAAGAGUUCAAAAGGCACAAAAAGUGCAACAUUCAAGAAACCAAGGUUUUUAUGAAAGAGUGGACGAAUUAUGCUAUAACACUUGCAGAACAGCUAGGAUUAAGAGGGCCCCAAACAGGAAGCCCUCUUGGUGUUAAUUUGAGCAAGAACGACCUAGAAAAAUUUAAGGAUGAUCAGAUUUGUCAGUUGUAUGAAUUACUGGAAGCUGCGAAGAGUGAUAAGAAUUAAAAAUACAAUCAAAUUUUUGUUAUUACCGCAGUGUUUUUGUGACUAGAAACGAAUCAUAUUGUUGAGUUUUAGUUGUAAUUUUUAUUGUGAAUAAAUGAAUAUUUUUAUUUA